CUGUUGGUUCCUCCUUUUCCGGUUUGAGAACAACAAGCCGAGCGUAGCCGAUACAGGUUUAUAGCCGACAUGACGACUCUGCGACCGUUUACCUGCGAUGAUCUGUUCAAAUUCAACAACAUAAAUCUGGAUCCUUUAACUGAAACUUAUGGGAUCCCGUUCUACCUGCAGUACCUGGCUCACUGGCCCGAGUAUUUCAUUGUUGCUGAGGCUCCGGGUGGCGAGCUGAUGGGCUACAUUAUGGGGAAGGCGGAAGGAUCUGUGGCUCGGGAGGAGUGGCACGGUCACGUCACCGCUCUAUCUGUGGCGCCGGAGUUCAGGAGGCUCGGCCUCGCCGCCAAACUCAUGGAGAUGCUGGAAGAAAUCUCUGAGAGGAAAGGCGGGUUCUUCGUGGAUCUGUUUGUGCGAGUGUCCAAUCAGGUGGCGGUCAACAUGUACAAACGUCUGGGCUACAGCGUCUACAGGACGGUCAUCGAGUAUUACUCUGCCAGCAACGGGGAGCCUGACGAAGACGCCUACGAUAUGAGGAAGGCUCUGUCCAGAGACACAGAGAAGAAGUCCAUCGUCCCCCUGCCCCACCCUGUCAGACCUGAGGACAUUGAAUAACAGACCGUGGCUCUCUGACCUGCUGACCUCUUCAUCUUCAUCAUCAUCAUCGGAUGGUCAUGUGACGGCAGGCAGAGAGCCACAGGAUGAAGCUGGAAGCUUGGAGUUUCUCUAAAUAUUCAGGAACAUUUGUUCAAACAGGAGCUGCUAAAAAAAAAAAACACCUGGAUUCUUCAGGUAACCUGAGGGUCUGCAACCUGUGGUCCUGGUCCACUCGUAGCUGGGACCAAAAAGAAAGACAACAUAAAUAUUUGUAUUGAAAGUUACAAUAAAACCCAGUUUUCUCAGA